GCACGAUAUGGCUUGUUUGACAUGAAGUCGAAAAGUCAGGCCAGGAGUAAUGGAUAAACCAAAGAAGAGGAAGCUUCCUGACUGGAUGUCACUGACAGCAGCAGAGAAUGGAGCAAGUCAGAGGGCAGCUGAUAAAGACUUUGAUUUGAUCAGACAUUUGGAGGAGAGUCUUCCCACCCUUGAAUUCCCCAAGUCUCCAGUCUAUUCCUACAACAAAGAGGAUUGUUGCUUGCUUUGUGAUGACAUUUUGGAAAAUUUGCAACAGGAAAACAGUGAUUGUUUUGUUGGCUUUGAUAUCGAGUGGCCGGUGUUGUAUCGCAGAGGUCACGAGGAUAAGACAGCAGUGUUACAGUUGUGUUUUCUCAACAAUUCCUGUUACGUCUUUCAGCUGUCAUCAAUAGGAGGUUUUCCAGACCUAUUGGAGAAAGUGCUGUUUUGUCAGAGGGUAAAACUUGUGGGAGUUGGCAUUGAAAAUGACUUGUGGAAAUUGACCAGGGAUUUUCACAUAAAUUUCCAGCCUUUGAUGAAGGAGAACGUUGUUGACUUGGGUCAAAUGGCGAACCGUGUCCUCUCAACGUCCCAGCUUUGGAGUCUGGACAGCUUAACAAAACAUCUGCUUCGCCACAAACUCAAGAAGGAUCCAUCAGUUCGCACUGGAGACUGGCGUGAGUGCCCACUGAGUGAGGUACAACUACAGUACGCCGCCACCGAUGCGUUUGCAUGUGUGCAAAUUCAUCAGGAACUUCUUGAGAGGGAGCGACAGGGGAGAUAACACUUGUAGCUAGAUGUGGACUGUUCUGGUUCAUUUCUGUAAAUAUCGUAAAAAUGAGAAUGCAUUGUUUUCUUUAAAAUUUAUGGUUGUCAGUAUAUAUUAAAUUAACCUUAUCAUUCCAGCUUUCCAUGAAUUGUAUGAAUAAAAAUAUUCAAGUAUUGCAAAAUUUUUUUAAUGUAGUUUGUUAGUGUUAUUUAAGGGAAAGUAACACCACUUAGUACCACGCCCUCAUACCAAUGAGGAUACCAAUACUCCACAAUAAAGGAUAUUACGUAAUCAUUUUCUAGAACUGUUGUGUAU